UUUCCUUACUAUUCAUCACCCUCUCUCUCUUUUCUCAUUAUAUAUAAAAUAAAUUACAACAACUUGGUUUUUUCCCUUAAAUAUAUGGCUACAUGUUAUCAACAUACAUCACAAAAGUUUAAGGUAACAGAACCAACAACCAUGUAUCAACAUUGGUCAAGGAUGUAUGGAACACAAUGGGAAUCUUACAUGGGAAUUAACAACCUAGUUAAGGUUGUUGGAUCAGAACAAGUCAUGAGUUUUGAGCCAAUCAAAUCAUCCUGUAACAACAUUGUGACACCUUAUGAAGGUUUUGGUGCAGUAACUGUAGCUAAAAUCAAAAGUCCUGUUGGUUUUCAAGGUGGAGAAUAUUAUGAUGAGGAUCAGAUUGAAGUUCCUGAUUGGUGUUUUGAUCAGUUUCCAAAGAUAACAGAUCCUCCAUUGUUGAAUUGUCAAGGUUCUGGAGAUAACUUCACAAGCUCUUUGUAUUCAGUUUCAAAAGAAUCUUUGUUGUCUAAUAGUGCAGAUAGUCAAAAUUCUUCUGAAGAUGAAUAUAGUAAUUUUCAGUCUGGAAAUAUGUCAUUUUAUGAUCAUUUUCCUCAAAAUCAUGAUGAAUUGCUGAAGAAUGAUGCUUCCAUAGAUGAAAAGCCCUUUGAAAUUUCAUUUCAGAGAAUUAAGUCGGGCUCACCUACAAAGUCUCCUCAACUUUAUGGAAUUGGAUGUGCCACUUCUAGCAACAAUGAUUCUAGAAAAUCGAAAAGAAGGAUAAGAUGGACUGAGGAACUGCAUGAAUCAUUCAUGAUGAUCGUUGAUCACCUCGGUGGUCCAGAAAAGGCAAAGCCUAAGGCUAUACUAGAUAUGAUGAAAUCGAAUUCGCUGUCACUUUCUCAUGUUAAAAGUCAUUUACAGGUAAAAUUAUUUCCAUUUAAUUUGAACAAUUUCAAUGAGUUUUGUAAACAUUGUUGUCUUCGGCCUCUAAUAUAUCUUUCUAAUGUAUUUGCCUUGCAGAAAUGUCGAUCUUCAGAACGCGUGCAUAAAGCUUUGCGAGAAAGAUCUGGGGAAGGACAUAGAACAGAUAAAGUCACAGAACUUCAACUCAAAAUCUAUAUGCAAAUUGAGGAAUCGCGACAAUUGCAACUAGAGGUUCGAAAAAGUAUUUCCCAACAGCUUGAGAUGCAAAGAAGUUUGGAAACACUGAUUGAAGAACAUAGCAAGAAGCUCAAAGUAAUGCAAAAAGAAAAAACCAACAAAAGAAAAUCUUGGACACAACGAGAAAUGACAGUUCCGAAAUAACAGGUCAUUACUUGGACUGAUGUGACGGAUGCUUCUCCCAAGAAUGGUGCCUGUUCUUCAUAUUGGAUUACAAGAUCCAACAUGAUUACUUGACAAGGAAGAUUGAUAUUCUUUAUACAAAAUGUAGUGAUUCAAAUGCACUAGGGCUUAGAGACCAAGUCAAAAGUUAAGAAGACAAUUGUGUUUAUCUAAGUGUAAGAAUGUUGUGGUGGCUACUUCAAAAAUGUAAUAUGAACAUAAAAUAGAUUUGAAUGGUGAACAUCAAUAGGAAGGAGAUUCAUGAA